GUCACUUCCGUCAAAAAUACAACAAAUGAAAUGAUGCCAGCAUUGAGUUAAUUCUAACUGAUUUACGUUAUAUUUGUGUUUAGCUAGCUAAGUAAUCUCACGAUUCGACUGGCAGCCGGAAACCACCAGAACUUGAAGCGACACACCUUUUAUACGUGGUUCGUUCUCUCUGUAUCCCACCAGUGUAAUGUGUCGAGUGAAGAAAUAAGAGAUCCAUGGUGGCAGGUUCGGCACUCAUGGAGCCGUCCACUAAGCCCGGGACCAACCAGGUGGCUGAUGUGGUGUUUGUCAUUGAAGGGACGGCAAACCUUGGACCUUACUUUGAAUCUCUAAGGAAAAAUUACAUACUGCCAGCUAUUGAAUAUUUCAAUGGAGGGCCCCCAGCAGAAACCGAUUUCGGUGGAGAUUAUGGAGGGACGCAGUACGGUCUUGUGGUGUUUAACACAGUGGACUGUGCUCCUGAGUCAUACGUCCAGUGUCACGCACCAACCAGCUCUGCCUUUGAGUUUGUCUCGUGGAUCGACAGCAUCCAGUUCAUGGGUGGCGGAGCAGAAAGCUGUAGUCUAAUUGCAGAGGGACUCUCUGUGGCCUUGCAGCUCUUUGAUGACUUUAAGAAAAUGAGGGAGCAAAUAGGUCAAACCCACAAGGUGUGUGUGCUACUGUGUAAUUCUCCACCAUACCUGCUUCCUGCUGUGGAGAGUGUCAGCUACACCGGCUGCACAGCAGACAACUUGGUCAAAAUCAUCAGAGAUAGAGGAAUUCACUUCUCUGUGGUGGCUCCUCGGAAACUGCCCGCUCUAAGGUCUUUGUUUGAGCGGGCGUCUUCAGGAGGAGGUGCGGUUGAACCCCAUCCAGACUACAGUCAGGACCCCUUCCACAUGGUCCUAGUCAGAGGCAUCUCGCUUCCUGUUUCCUCAGGUGGAGGACCUGGACCACUCAAACCUGUCCUCCCUCCUCAGCCGCUGCCUGUCAGUCAGCCUCUUGGUGGACCUUCACAGCCCCUUCCACCCAUCAACCCAGCCCACCCUUAUCAGAAUUCAGCCCCCAUGACUGCUGCUCAGGUGGCUGCACAGAUGGCCGUGGAUCAGGCCAACAACCAGAAGAGUCGCUUCCCAGGAAUGGUCAAUCAAGGUCCUCCGUUCCCCAGUCAGCCAACCCUCCCAUCAGUCCCUGGGGUGAAGCUCCCUCAGCCCAACAUCGCAACAGUCACUACAGCAUCACAGCCCAUGAUGCCACAAGUUGCUCCCAAUCAGCAGCAGCAAGUCCCACCCCCAGGACAGCCUGUACCCAAUCAGCCGCCGCAGGCACCACCUCAGCCGCAACCCAGCGUGAAUCAGCCUCCAGCGCCUUCACAGCCCAGCAUGUCCGGUGUGCCUGGAGCUCAAGGCAAUCCAAAUCCCAUUGGACAGCAGCCAGGUGUGGCCAAUAAGAUUGUGGCAUGGACAGGUGUUUUGGAGUGGCAAGAGAAGCCUAAAGCCUCUUCUAUGGAUUCAACCACCAAACUGACACGCUCUCUGCCAUGUCAAGUGCAUGUUAACCAAGGGGAAAAUCUAAACACGGACCAGUGGCCACAGAAGCUCAUCAUGCAGCUGAUUCCACAGCAACUACUGACAACCUUAGGUCACCUCUUCAGAAACUCUCGAAUGGUUCAGUUUCUCUUCACCAACAAAGACGUGGAGUCGCUGAAAGGCCUGUACCGCAUUAUGGCCAAUGGCUUUGCCGGCUGCGUCCACUUCCCCCACACUACCUCGCCUUGUGAAGUACGGGUGCUCAUGCUGCUCUACUCAUCCAAGAAAAAAAUAUUCAUGGGCCUCAUCCCUAACGACCAGAGCGGCUUCGUCAACGGCAUCCGGCAAGUCAUCACCAACCACAAGCAGGUCCAGCAGCACAGAGCGCAGUUGGGCGGCGCAGGUCCGAUGCAGCCUGGUCAGGUCGCCCCCAACCAGAACUUCCUCAACAGGCCCCCUGGCCCCAUUCCUGUCUCCCAUGGCAACGUCCAGCAGCAGUCUGUGGUGGUGGGCAUGCCCUCUGUUAGUCAGGUCUCUAUGAUGGAGGAGCAGCAGAGGCAGAACAACAUGAUGACGAUGAGAGCAACCGGACCAGCCAACCAACAGCCGCCGGUCAGUGGUGCUCCACCCAACCAGGUCGCACAAAGCGGACAAGCCCAACCCCAGGGUCCCAUACUCCGCCUCUCAAACCCAGGAGCCAAUCCACAGCUUCGCAGUCUUCUCCUAAGCCAACAGCAGCCACAGGGUGGGGUGUCUCACAUGCCAGGCAUGAUGUCUCAUCAACGUCUAGGGCCACAGUUGGUCCAUCCGACACCAGGAGGGGGGGCUCAAAUGCAGGGCCAGUGGAGGCAGCCCUUGGCAGGUCAGAUGAUGAUGUCUGGAGGCCAGAGAGGUGCUGUGCCUCAGCCUGGAAUGCCCCAAGUCUCCAGUGUCAUGGAGGAUGAAAUCCUCAUGGACCUUAUCUGAUUGAGCGUCAGGAACAGGAUUUUUUUGUUAUCUCAGCAGCCAUUUGCCAGUUUGGACACAUGCAUCCGCUCUGUUGCUUUAUUGCUACAAAUGUUCAACAUAGUUAAGGAACAAAUCAUGAGUAGUUUCUGAUAUUUUUUUUUUUUUUUUUUUUUUUAACGGGACUGAGCAGCUGAAGUUAAUUAGGGGCAGACAAUGCAAGCAUUAGUUUUUAGUAAAUGGUCAAACCGAGAGCACGCUAAUCCUCCAUGCUACUCACUGGAGGAAGCCAAACCAGUGGAAACAGUCAAUCAUGUUGUGAUUCUGGAAACUCUACUUUUCUAUACAUUUGUUUUUGUUUUGAAUUUUAUCAUAGAAAUCUGAAAUAGUGUUGUUGUUUUUUUGUCUUCUUUCAGUUCCGAUUUGUUUUGUUAGAUUUUGUUUUUUAUUAUUAUUGAUAAAGUUGUUUUAUGAGGAAAAAAUAAAAUUAUGGAGUAUAGAUCAUGCAAGAAGUCACUGUGAA